AUGUCGUCGACCACUGACGGUAUUGCUAACGGCGCUGCCUCUAACAUUGUCAGGGAAAGGAAGAGGCUCAUCGUGCUUUGUGAUGGCACCUGGGUGGACAGCAACAGCAUCGACAAAGUCAAAUACCCUACCAACGUGACCCGUUUCGCCCGCUGCAUCAAAGCCAAAGACAUCUACACCGACCCUCACGGCCACGCCCACGAGUUACCUCAAAUCGUCUACUACUUGCCCGGCGUGGGCAGCGUCAGCGGCACUUCCCUUCGUGGUGGCCUCUAUGGCUCCGGCGUCUCAGCCACAGUUCGCUCCGCCUAUGCCUUCCUCGCUCACAACUACGACAUAGGCGACGAGAUUUUCUUCUUUGGAUUUUCCCGCGGCGCCUACAUCGCGCGCUCCAUCGCUGGCCUCGUCACCUCGCUCGGCUUACUCACCAAGAAGGGCAUGGAUCAUUUCCCCUUGGUGUACCAACGCUACUAUGACCAUGAAGCGCACACCACCACUCAAGGUCCCGAGAAAGGGCUUGCUGGCGCAGACUGCAAGGGACGCAGUAAGAUCGUAGGCGUGUGGGACACAGUCGGCUUCCAUGCUGCGGGACUCUUCGAGGAAAAGAUCGAGUUUCGAAACUGCGAGUUGAGUCCACGGGUUGAGAGCGCGUAUCAUGCGCUCGCACUCGACGAGCGUAGGGAGCCCUUCCGGCCGACGGUAUGGCGCGUGCCCAGCAAGGAAAGCAUCGACGCCGCCUUCCCUCCAGCGAAGGGUGGCAGGCCAUUUGUCCAGGACAUGCAGCAAGUGUGGUUCUCGGGCCGCCACAGCGAUAUCGGUGGCGGGCUGGACGAUCCGAGACUCAGCGAUAUAACGCUGGCGUGGAUGAUCGCGCAGUGUGCUAAGAAAGGCAAACUCGCUUUCACAGACCUGGACACCCCAGAUGACUACCUGAUCGACAGCGCUAAAACGCCGAAAGCGCUCACCGACGAAGAAGCCGUCCCUUGGGCAACGGCACAAGGCCAAGCGAACGAACCACCGUGGUAUGAGAAAGCGUACCGCGCCUUCAUCAGCGCAGAUCGGAAGCCGCUUAUAUACAUGGAUGAAGAACGUCGGGAUGUUGAGGCGGAUCAAGCUACCACCAACGAGUACAUACACAGAAGCAUCAGGGAUAGGAAUCUUGAUGGGAAGGGGAAAGGCGAGGUGUGGAAGGCAAAUGCACUCGCUGGGGGAAAGCUUGAUGGGGAGGGGAGGUAUCUGCUUGCGAGAGAUACGCGCAAGGGGCUUCCGAUGGCGCCGAAGGUGGAGAGAGAUGUUGUGGGUGCGGACGGGAAGGUUGAGAAGCAGGAUGUUGAGGCGUAUUUUAGGGGGAGGGUGGUUAAGAUCAUGAGUGCUGAUGCGGGCAGUGAGUCCAUCAGUGAGAUUGCAAGCGAGGUAGAGAAUAUGAGGAUGGAAUAA